ACCUUACCUAUCAACUUUGAAAUUUAUAUGAUGAGCAGGAUGCUCCAGCAGCUACAGAUAACAGUGCUGCAGCUUCAAUUGAUCUGCUCCCCUUUUAACGAGCGUUGAUCGUGGGGCAUUCGUUCUUAUAUCACCCCUCGUCAUGUCUUCAUUCCGGGAAGCUACAGCAGUGACACCGGUCGAUUCGCACACAUAUGCAGCUCAGCUCUAUAACGAAUGGUGUAUUGGUUCCGUGCCACAUGGAGGCUUCGUGACGGCACUUUUUCUCAAUGUUGCCCAGGCGCAUUUUCACGGCACGCUUGCCUCGCAGAACCAGCCGCACACAAUCACAUUUCACCUGGAAUUUCUCCGGAGGACUCACGUAGGGCCCGCGAGGUUUACCGUCAAAGAUGUCAAGCUCGGUAGCCGCACCUCUACGAUCCACAUAACAAUGGCGCAAGACGACCGAGAAGAAGUCGUUGCAUACGCGACCAAUUCCAAUUUCGCGCUGGAAACGGGCCCUUCCCUGCCUACACACUGGGCUCUUCAUCCGGCUCCUGACCGAGUAGAUCUAUCAAAGCUACGCGCAGGGCAGGAUGCCAACUGGGAAGAACUUCGAGAUUUACCGUAUGCCGAAUUCCGCAAGGCGCUUACGCAGAUCCGCAUGUUUCUGCCGCGCUGGGGACAGAAAAUGAAGAGCUUAUCUGAUGAAUGGAUCUGUUUCCGAAAUGGUGAGAAAUUUACUAAUGCGAGCGUGGGCUACGUCUGUGAUGCGUGGCCACAGGUUAUUGAGUCUUAUCGUGCGAGAGAAACGGAGACGAAGCAGGCAAAUGAUCAAGCAAAAGGGAUCUUGCCAUCGUUAUCUUCUGGCACUGAUCCUGACGAGUUGCUGAGCCCUUCGAGGCGGCUCUGGUAUCCUACAGUAUUACUCAAUUUGGAUAUCAAGAAGCCUCUCCCCGAAGAGGGAGUCGAGUGGCUCUUUGCAAGAGUGCAGGCAAAGCAGAUACAGAAUGGGAGGUAUGAUGUCGAGAUUGUUAUCCUCGAUGAAACAGGGGAUAUAGUAGCCUUGAGCCAUCACGUUUGUCUGAUAUUGGGCGCGGAAAGGAACAUGGCUGCAAGGAAGAAGAAUACCAAUCGCGAGACCAAGCUCUGACUGCAUAACAGGAAUAGAUUUUUCUAUAGACAAACUACCCAUG